AUUUCUGGGGACCAGAGACUAUCUGCUUUUAAAUCCUUAAUUAAAAGACCCUGGACUUUUAAAUUUCAGGAUCUAAACAGAAGUGCAAAUGGUAGGGAACCUUUAGGAAAAGAGAAUUAGCUCAGUGGAUUAAUUUGGUCCCUUUUGCCCGUGAGGACAGCCUUUGGACCCAGUCUCUGGCUGCAGAGCUAGAAGCGCAGGCUGUCGGGGUUGUGUGCCAACUAUAUAGUCCUCUUUCUUCCUCUCAGUCUAGAAUUCAGAUCCCUCUUGCUGAAAUGGGCUGAAAAAGAGCUGUAGUCAGAACCACGGACAGCUCCACAUUUUGACUUUGGUCAGCUUCGGCUUUCCCUUCUCGGUAAGGAAAAUUUUCCCCAGGAAGUUGAGAUUUCCACUAGGGAGGAGGGUGCUGGAAAGACAAGAUGCUGUAGACUGAAUUGAAAACGGUGCGAGGUCUUCCUGGGUCCUUUGGUCCAAGCCAGGACUGCCCACGUCCGGGCCCAUCUGGAACUGAUGUUAUCCGUAACAACUCCAAGCACCAUCCCUGGCGCUUGCCCCUAGAGGUAGCAGGCUGUAUUCCAUUCCCGGGGUCUUGUCCCUGGGGGGGAGUUCAGCUCCUCACCCCUGCCGCUCUUAGAGCUGUGAUUCUGUCAGUUCAUCUACAAUCAGUGCAUGUCCUUCGCUGACGUCAAUCGGAGCUGCCCCGUCCCUAUAUAAAUCUGGCAGCAGCCCCGGGACACUCCCCGAGUUCUCCAGGCACUGGCAACCGGCCCCGUGCUCCCAGACUCCGGUUCGGUUGGGACAGUGACUGAAGCUCUGCUACACCCCCGCGGCAACACACUCGGAGAAACCCGGCCCGGCAGCGGCGGCACCAACACCAUGAGGUGGCCAAGGCGCACCGCUCUGUUGGCAGCAUUGCUGCUUCUCUUAGUCCAGCUGCGCCCGGGCAGCGGCGGACGGGGUACUCUGGAGGCGAUGUCCCCCAGGGACAAAGGUCUGGAUCGGAGUUUGCGGUGGAGUCCCAGGAACCAGGCCGGGGGAGCCCGUGCCCUCCUCCUCCUCCUGACCGAGCGUUUCCCGCGUUUGGCCUCUGGGACAGGCACCCUGUCCUCACCCGUGAGCUAUCGGUCCAAGCCCAAACGGGACGAACCUUCUCUCUCCAUCGACCUGACCUUCCAUCUGCUGCGGACCCUGCUGGAACUGGCACGGACGCAGAGCCAGAGGGAGCGCGCUGAGCAGAACCGGCUCAUCUUCGACUCGGUGGGCAAGUGAACCCGGGCUGGCCAGCCUUGUUCUGCCGCCUUGGACCAAGAGGCGGCAUUGGGGGGCCAGUCCUGGAAGCCCCCCGGAACUGUGCGGGGCGUGGCCCAGUUCGGCUCCCUACUGCGGACGGUGUUUCUGUUUUCUAAUAAAA